AUGACGAUGCCACCGCAGUCCAGCAUUGCUACACAGAACCCUGACUUGGCAGCUCCCAAGCUCACCCGCGACAUCACUGCGCGGAACAAUUCCACCUGGAAAUUCUUGCAAGAGGAAGAUAGGAUAUCACAAAAGGACAUGUCCGACAGUCUCAAGUCUCCUACACAGAAUAUGACACAUUCUCCUGAUGCAGUCGAGCCGGGUGCACGGAGGGCUCCUAGACCAACGGGAAGUCACAAAGGUCCGCCUGUCGGGACUAAACCCAUGAAACUUCGAAGCAACGUCAGUCGGGGAGAUACAUAUGGCGGAAAUUACAGAGGUCUUUCGAAUUACACUCCGUCAACCGGUUCCUCCCAGCUGGCUAGCUUACCAAACGAACGGAAGCCUCCAUCAAGCCGCUUGGAAUGGGACCAAUCGCUACAACCCCCACCAUCUGACUUCCGCUCUUCUUCUGGAACCUCAAGAUACACCAGGCCUUCUAUGGAGGAGGACCGGUCUUCGAACCGUUCGUGGACACCAAGUCUUAUGUCGACGUCGGGGCGUUCGCGCACCAGCAGCGUAGGCACUGUCGACAGAAACGUGCGUAUAAAUGAGAACGAGCUUGCCGACGCAAUUAUCGCCUCAUCACUUGCUUCUAAGAAUAUCAAACCAAGAAGGGGGACAACACCACCUCCAGUCCCACCACAUCGUCGAAGAAAAGUCCGGUCAUUACUUGGCCCGUUUCAUACGUCACAUCGAGAGCACCCCAGGCCACCCAGUCCUCGUAGAGGUAUGCCACUAACUCUCCGUAAUCGUGAACCACCAGAGGCCCACAAACAGGAGAAAUCAGAGGGCGAUCAUGGACACAAAAUGCAUAUUAUCCACAAGCAUCCGCACAAGCAUCAUGAGGGUGACCGCAAAAGGUGGAGGAGUGAGGUUACCGAACAAGAACGAAGAAGAUACGAAGGCGUCUGGGCUGCGAACAAAGGCCUGCUUAUCCCCAUAGACGAGCUCAAUGAGCUAGCCGCUGAGCAAGGUUCUGUGGAGGAGAAUGGUUCAUCAAAAUACCCUCCUGAUCCAUCCGAGAUGGUUCUUAACCUCGUGGUCCGAGAUAUUUGGAGCCGUAGCGGCUUGCCUCGAGAAAUAUUGGAAAAGAUCUGGGAUCUGGUAGACGGACAAGGCAUCGGCUUACUGAGAAGGGAAGAGUUUGUUGUUGGGAUGUGGUUAAUAGACCAGCAACUGAAGGGACGCAAACUACCCGCUAGGGUCCCGCAGAGCGUUUGGGACAGUGUAAGGCACAGCCCGGGCAUCAAGGUCCCCCUGAAGUGA